AUCUAUAAAUUUGACACAAGCUGAGGCCUCAUCAUGAUCCACCUCUUCUCUUCUAAUGGAGCUCUUAAUCUUGGCAAUUGCGAUAGCUUUAACAAUCAGUGCAACGCCUGAAGCCUAUGGGGAUCUCGGCACCGCAACAUCUUAUCACCCACCAUAUAUACCUACCAGAUGUUAUGGAAAUAGUCAAGAUCAGUUCCCUCCAAGCAAGCUAUUUGUUGCGGUGAGUGAAGGGUUGUGGGAUAAUGGAGCUGCUUGUGGAAGGCGGUAUAGAUUGAGAUGUCUAAGUGGAGCCAAUAGACCAUGCAAGAAGCAAACCAUUGAGGUCAAGGUUGUCGAUUUCUGCUCACAGACACCCUGCCCAUCUACUAUCCAACUUUCUACAGAUGCCUUUGCAGCCAUUUCCAAUCACGAUGGAAGGAAAAUCAAUGUCGAAUAUAUACAGAUUUGAGCAGGUACUACAGGCAACUUUGACUGUACCAUGCCAAUUUCUGCAUCUGUAGAUAAUAUUGAGUCAUAUAUAUAAUUGGGUGAUAAAGAGGUUAGUUUACAUAUUUGUACAGGUUUAACAAUUUAUUACAGAUUAUAAUAUUGUACCUUAAUCAAGUGUUGUCAUUGAUAAGCAAUAUGUCAGCUGUGAAAUCACAUGUAACCUUUGUCAUGUAAUAGGAUAAUAAUUGCAUGUUUGCACA